UAUGAAAGCAGGUAUUUGUAAUGUGUGACAGCAUCCUGUAUCAUUACUACAUCUCUGCUGUUUGUAACAAAACGUGAAAAUCAGGUAAAAACUGGAAGAGUUAUGAUUAAUUAUAGUUACAUUAAACACCUUCCUCAGUACUGAUUAAUGCACUGGGGGCGCGUGGGAGACCCAUCCAAUAUGGCGGCUGGUGCAGUGUGUUAUCUGGGUGUAUUCAGGAUAAAGUCCAGAAGGUGGCAGAAACGCAUCUCGUGAUUUUCCUGCUCACAGACUGAAGUACAGAGAAGAAUAACGGAGAGAGAAGAGCUGCAAUCAACAGAUUCACCAUUAUUAUCUAAACAGGAUCUGAUCUGCUGCAGAAAGAAAUGUCCUCCUGUUGCAAGUCCAAAAAUUCAGAUUUACUUCUAUGAUCUCAAAAACAAAUGGAAACAAGUGGAAAUAUGAAUAUGAAGAGUAUGGAGUCCAUCAGCCCCAGCGCUCGAACCGAUUCAUCUCACAGACAAACGCAAAACGAAUGCAAAAAAGAGAGAAUUCACAAAUGCUCAGACUGCGAAAAGAGCUUUACUGCACAGAGUCAUCUCCAAAGACACCAGAUCGUUCACACUGGACUGAAACCCUUUCAGUGUAUAGAAUGUGGAAAGAGUUUUACUGCACUCAGCAAUCUCCAACGACACCGGCGCAUUCACACCGGAGAGAAACCGUAUUAUUGCUCAGAGUGCGGGAUGACUUUUAGAGAGAAUAGCAUCCUCCAAACACACCAGCUCAUUCACACUGGAGAAAAACAGUUUCACUGCUCAGUGUGUGGAAACAGUUUUAGAGACAGGACUGCCCUCAAAGUUCAUCAGCGAAUUCACACUGGGGAGAAACCGCAUGAAUGCUCAGAGUGCGGACAGAGAUUUACCAGACAGAACGAUCUCCGAAAUCACCAGCGAAUUCACACCGGAGAGAAACCGUAUCACUGCUCCGCAUGUGAACAAAGUUUUAUCAGGUUAAACGAUCUAAGAGUGCACAUGAGCGUUCACACUGGAAUAAAACCGUAUCAUUGCUCAGAGUGUGGGAAAGGGUUUAAUCAACUGGGUCAUUUCCAAACACACCAGCGCGUUCACACCGGAGAGAAACCGCAUCAGUGCUCAUACUGCGGGAAGCUUUUUAGCCAACGCAGUUAUCUCACAAUACACCAGCGCAUUCACACUGGAGAGAAACCGCAUCAGUGCUCAGAUUGUGGAAAGAGUUUUACCCAACAGAGAAAUCUAAAGGUACACCGGCUAAUUCACACUGGAGAGAAACCGUAUUAUUGCUCAGAGUGUGGACAGAGUUUUAAUAUACAGAGUAAUCUACAACGGCAUCAGCGCAUUCACACUGGAGAGAAACCGUAUCGGUGUUUAGAGUGUGGGAGGAGUUUUACGCAACAGAGUCAUCUUCAGAGACACCAGAUCGUUCACACUGGAGAGAAACCGAAUUCACAAUGACAUCAGUGCCUUUAUACAGGAGAGAAUGCAUGAUAUCACUAUUCAGAACUUUAACCCUUUCAGACCCUGCAUCCAUUACAAUAUGCAUCAUGUAUUUUAUUUAUUUUUAAGGGCCAUUUAUUUUUAAGUUACAUGUAUAAAUGUGUGCACAAAAUUAAUUAUAGUGUCUUGUACAUUGACCUAAUUGCAAAAGUAUGAUAUGUAAAUAAAAACAUCAAUAAAAACUACUUAGAACACUGGAAAAAUAGCAUUUGUUUCCUGUUCCCACUCUCCAUUUACCAUGAAAUAUAAUUAUUAAAAUCCUUUAGCGAUGUAUUUUGUUUUGCAUGAUUGUGUGACUCAAUCCUAUCUGUGCUUUAUAAUAUAUAUUUUUAUAUAUAUAUUAUAUUUUAUAUUAUAUUUUUUUAAGUCCAUAAUAUUUAAGUUAAAAAUACUUAAAUGUGUUUCACUCAGUCCUGUUACUGUAUAUCUAGAACAUUCUACAACAGGAAGUGACAUCAGCUGGUUGUUCUGAAGAUCAUGGGAAGACCAUAAUUAAGUUCCCUCAUUAGUUUUUUUCUGUAUAUUUGAUUUUAUUGUAACGAUGACUGAGGAGCUCAAUGUCAACACUCAGUCCUGUUACCUAAAUCAAUUCUUAGAUCUUUUUUGUUUAUUUGUAAAAUACAAAUUUUGGGAAAUCGUUAGAAUGUACUCAGUGUUCAUUUAGCUAUUUUUCAUGUUUUGCUAAAACUCAUUUCACUUUCAGUCCUGUUACUCAAAACAUAAAAAGCAACAGGAGUGAGUGCCAGUAACAGGAGUGAUUCUUUUUUGUCAUGAAUAUCAAUUAUUUGAACAUGCAGUCAAACAUUUCUGUUUGGGAGCUGUUUCCCAUCAGAAUAGACUAUGAACCAGCCAAUGAACAAGUUUAUACAUCAAAGAAAAAAUAAUUUGGCCCCGCCCACUGCAAAAACACUGGAGAAACAGUAGUACUAAAGCCAUUGAUUUGUUGGUUAUGGUUACUGAAAUAAAAAGCUCAAUAUAAAAACUAAACUAUAGGCUUCCAAUGCAAUG